AUGGAGCUAUCGUCCAAGACUGACGCUGUCACUACUGAGUCUGCACAGCUUUUGACCAAUGCACACCCGACACCGACCAUCCCAUCGUCAACUGAACUUGAUGUCAAGCCCAUAGACCCCUCUGUCACCUUUAGCGGAUCUCUGGAAGCGAUGCAAUAUGUCGUCGUCCCAGCCACACAGCUGGACGUCUCUGUUCCAGCUUCUGAGGCUACAAGGGCAUCUGCAGAGUUGACGAGGAAAGGAAAGGGCGUUGGGAAGCGGUUGACAGAUCGGCAACGUGUAGAGAUUUUGAAUCUGAUGGAGAAAAGCAGCGGCAGUUUGUCAAACGCCGAGAUCGCGAGACGCUACGGCAUCACGCGCGCGGCCAUUCAGAAGCUCAAGCAGAAAGGUGCAGAGGUGCGCGCUCGUUACCGGUACGGUAGUGCUGAGACUAGGGACGGACGAAAGCGAGGGGGCCACGUUUUGAGUGUGCCAUUCGAACGAGAGUUGUUUGAGUGGGUGCGAGGGCUCAAGGCGCGGAAGGUGCCGGUUCCACCAUCUCUUGUCAAGGAGAAGGCCAAGUUAUUGGUGCCCAAGUAUGGGCUGGGAAACUUUCAAGCAUCGAAUGGAUGGUACUAUAACUUUUGCAAGCGAUUCAAUUUGUCUACGGGCGUGUUGGUGGAGGAAAAGCCACCUGUACUUACACCUGCAGAUGUAGCAACGACAAAUGCCGAUGAUACAAGCUUGGACACAGACCAAUCGCAGCUCCAGCAAAUGACAAUCGAUACUCUGGAGCAGCAAACGUACGAGCAGCAAUUGCAACAGUACCAGCAGCAAAUUGCUGCAAUUUCUGCCGCGACUCUGCAGGAACAGCAACAACAAGUGCAGGUACAAGAGCAGGAACAGAAAAGUGCCAUCUUGGGAAACCAAUCCAAAAGUGAUCGAAUGAUAGAGCUUCUCGAGCAGCAAAACACCAUUCUCGAGCGCCAGAACAGUAUGAUUGAAGAUCAAGCCAAGACCAUCGAAAAGCUUUUUGAAGUGGUGACUAAGGGCGGCACGGCACUAUAG